UGAAUUUAGAGAAGACUGACUUCAACAAACAACAAGUUCUGUAUCCUUCGUGUCUCGAUCUGCUCUCCCUUCCGACCAGGUUACAGCUUCCGAUUUGACUUUCCGACAUGGCAGAAGAUGAAGUUGUUGAUCCAAAGAAGUACCUUGAGGAAUCUUGCAAACCAAAAUGUGUGAAGCCACUACUCGAAUAUCAGGCGUGUGUGAAGAGAAUCCAAAGCGAUGACUCUGGCCACAAGCAUUGCACUGGCCAGUACUUCGACUACUGGCAUUGUAUUGACAAAUGUGUUGCACCAAAGCUGUUUGCAAAACUAAAAUGAUUAAAAAGCCAAGGUGGAGACGAAAAUGUCUUGAUUCUGCUUCAUGUGGUUUGAAAUUGAAAGGAUGUAUAAAACGCAGUGAAUGUUGAACAACUUUUUUUUUCAUAACUGCAAACCUCAAUAUGCCAAAUGGCUCUGCUCCUCUGUUUUGUUUUUAUACCGCAGACAUUGUUAUUGUGCUCUCAUCAUGCCUAAUAACUUCAAGAAUUUGCCUCUC